UGUAGGAUAGCCCGGAGUGAGUGAGAUAGAGAAUCGGAAUUCUCAGAGCUGCUGCUAGUGCAAAGUGUCGCUGGUUCGUGUGUUAAAAUUGUGCUCUUAUGGUGGUGUCAAACGGUGAUACGAUGGCUCACGGGAUAAAAGAAGAAUGGGAAGAAGGGACUGUGCCUCUGACGACGGAAAAGCACGCGAAAAUUGACGAGAAGAAGGGAAAAUCCGACGGCAAAGGUAUGAGUUCGAGGCGGAUUUUCUCACCUCAGUUCAAGUUAUUAGUGUUAAAUUCUUAUAGAACAGAUUCCGAUUGUAAGGGAAAUCAGAGAGCUACUGCUCGUAAAUACGGAAUUCAUAGGAGACAGAUUCAAAAGUGGUUACAGAUGGAAUCUAAUUUAAGACUAACAGUUCAAGCUACAUCAGAAAACAGAGCUAACAAAAGCGAGGACGAAGUGGCCUUGAACCUUAGCUCGCCCAGACAGCGAGGCGUCGUCGACGACGAGAGCUGCGCUGCGGGUUGCCUAGAGACUCCUGUCUCCGUCGGCCAGCCUUCUCCAGCAACACGACCAUCCUCUGCUUCUACAUCGGACACCGAGGAGAUCAACGUGGAUGGCGACUCCAGCUCCGAGGAUGAAGUCAGCAGUACAGAUUCUUAUGACAGAAGUGAUUCUGACAGAGCUUUGGACCUUACCUGCGCCGCCUUGAGCAAACGUAGGUUCUACUCGACCGACUUCAAGUUGCAAGUGUUGGACGCUUUCUAUUACGAUAAAAUCUGCCACGGAAAUCAAAGAGCAGUAGCGAGAAAAUUCGGAAUCCACAGAAGACAAGUGCAAAAAUGGUUGAAGCUCGAAAACAGUUUACGCAGUGAGGCUAGUGAGGACUGCCUGGACUUGUCGUGUAAGAAACGUAAAGCCGAGGAGGAAGUGUGUGAAGUUCGAGCCAAGAGGUUUUCACCGGGUUGCUGCACAGCUCUUUGCUGCGACGAUAGAGUCGAAGUGACCAGCACUUGCCAAGAGUCUGCGCUUUGCCUGGUCAAACCGAGGACACCACAAGAGGUAUCAAGCACUAUGGAUUUGUACGCUUACCAAACCUCCCCUCCUGUCUGUUACCUAAGUCCUACUGAAUUACCAACCUAUGACCCACACUACUUGCCCUGUUGGAGUACACCUUUCUACCCUUCCUACCCCAUCGACAAUGUUCCUAAAUGGUUUAGCCAUGAUUAUAGUGAUAGUUCGAUCAAAGUUUAUGGGAUGUAUAGGUGAAACCUAACAAUUUAUCCAUGAUUUCACAAGUGCCUAAUCUUUUUGAGUACCGUAGUGUGAUUAACUAUUAAAAUACUUAUUUAAUAAGUGAUAACUUAUGUUGUUAGCAUUACCGUACUGGACUGUAAACGAAUGAAAGCAUAAAACACUUAAUAGGUUCCUGUAAGCCUAAUAUAAAAACACAUAAAUUAUAGGCCUAGGCCUAGCAAAAAGAAUUAGCAUAAAAACAUAUUAUGUUUUCAGCCCUUUGUUAAGCCAAUUUUAAAAUACAUACCAGUAUAUUCUAUUUUAAUUAAAAUAAGUUAGCCUACAUACAUUCUAUUUUAAUUAAAAUACAUACAUUCUAUUUUAAUUAAAAUACAUACAUUCUAUUUAAAUUAAAAUAUAUAGCCUACAUUCUAUUUCCGGGUUUUGAGAUUUUUGAAAUUCACUGAUUUUUUAUUGAAAAUAGCUUAUGUACACUUUGAGCGCUAAAGAUUGAUUUAAAAUUAAAUUACAUUACAUUCAGAUCAUCCUGCAAAAAUACAGUUGGUUCUUAUUUUUUGGUAUCAAGACAAUGAAUUAAGUUAACUUAAUCCAACUUAGAUUGUUGGAAUCUUUUACUAACAAUCCGUUCAAGAUUUUGUCAAAACUGAAAAAAUUCAUAAACUUUAUCAACAUGAAAAAUACGUAAAAAAUACCACGCCAUAUUUUUAAAUUUUUGAUUGACAAAACUUUUGGAAAAGUAUAUGUUUGCAAUAUAGGCUACUUGUAUGCAAUAAUUUUUGUACUUUUUCAUAUCUUGGUGUUUUUGAAAACUACAAUUGGCCUUUUUGGGCAAGUUGCAAAUGCAUAGUAUACUAAUGGUUUGUUCAAACUAUUAAAAUACAGUAAUUAGGGACUUUUUAGAAUCUUAAUCUUUUAUAUAGGUAUAAAAGAGAGAUAAACAUAGCAACUCUAGGUAGGCCUACAUACAAAAUUUACAUAAUUUUUUCUAGGCCUACCUACCUUAACUUAAAAAUUUUUAUAUUUUAUUUAAUUGAAUAAUUUUAAAAAUCUAACUAGGGUAUCUACACAUUGUUCAUAUCUAGUAAUUUAUUAAAAAAAUUUAAAACUUUGUAAUUUUUAUUUUUGAAUAUAAAUGUUAUAUGUCCUUUGGCAACAAUAAUUGUUGUAAAUCUUAAUCAUACAAGAUUGCAGAGUGUAAAAUAUGAAGAAUUUAAUAUUGAAGCUCUAUUGUUUUUAAUUUACAGUCUGUUCUUAACAGUAGCAUUUUAUAGAUUAGUGUGUUAAAUAAGUAGGCCUAAGGUAAAAUUUUCAAUUUCAAAAGUGCCUUUCUCUGUGAAACAUGCUCAAUUUUAAUGUGCCAACUAAUAGAGUUGAGCAAUAAGCUCUCAGUAUUUGUUAAGAGCCAUAAAUUAAAAAAAAUAUUGUGUAGUUAAAAAUUAAAAAAUAAAACGCACACUACUAAAAAACAUCAAAUUUAUUUUACUAUGUUUGUUGGCAAUGAAAGUUCUAAUAGACUAUUUAAAGAUUUAUCUUUGAUAUAACAUCACAAAAUAGGUUAAUAUAGAAUAUUUUGUAAUUUGAUUUAUUCAGGAAUCGAUUCCUCAAAAAUAAAACAUUUCAGAUUCAAGGAUAAAUAUUUAAGGAUAAGGUGAUCAAUAAUAAGUUUUGGCAAACCAACCUAUAUUGUUGCCGACUAAAAUGUGCCUUUUAUCGCUAAAAAUCUACCAAGUUAAGUACGUUUUAUAGGCCUAGAUCUUGUACUUUCUUUUAUAAGUUUCAGAAAACUAGAUGUUAAACAUAUUUUGUGCCAAAUAAAUAUGGGAUUUAUAUAUUCAGUAAGAGUUUCUUGGCUGGAUGUUAGAUAGUCCUAGCCUAUAAUUUUCUUUUAAUAAGAGAAGUUUAUAGAAGUUUUAAAGAAGAAACAAUAAAAUGACAAUAUUUAUAACUUAUUUGUAAUUAUAUUUAUAGACGUUUCAGUGAUUUUAGUACCAAACAAAUAUGUUUGCAGCCAAUGUAAAAUUGUUCUUUCAAAUAUUUGUAAUUAGUCUACCUAAAACUCUUUUGAAAUAACAUGAUGUUUAUGAGAGUUUAUUUUUAUAAUAAUUGUAAAUACUGUAAAUAAAAUAGCAAUAUUUUAUAAGUUUGUAAA